CUUACCUAACCAGUUAAAUUAUAUUCAUUGUGCACUCUACACGUGAGAAUAGUGAACGCCAAAGAUCGCGGAACGAUGAUCGUGCCGUGGGCUCUGUUGGCCUUCGUAGCCGCCGCAGCCGCGCGAUCCGCCUCCCCAAUAGACUUCACACCUGUCAACGAAUUUACAUUACAAUUACUAGAAAAUACUUACGCGUUUCAAGAGAAUUUUGGCACCAAAAAUAUUGCGUUAUCACCUCUGUCUGUAUGGAGCAUAUUCGCCUUGUUAGCUGAAGGAUCUUCGGGUGAAACGUUUUCUGAAUUAGUGAGUGCAUUAAGAUUACCGAAGGAUUUGAGGAAGACUCAGUGUUUGCAUACAGCGGCCAGCGAUGUGUUAAAAUCUCGAGACCAGGAUGUGAUAGUGAAGGGACAGUCAGCUAUGUUCACGGAAUGCUCCACUAAGGUACACGAUGAGUUCUGUCAAUCUGCCUUAAUGUAUGACAUGUCGAUUUACGCCGCUGAAACUAAAAAUUCAACUGAAUUAGCUCAUGAUAUUAAUGUGUUUAUCUGCUAUGCUACUGAUGGAAGAAUUCUAAAUGCCGUGAAGCCACAAGACCUGGAUAACUUACAGAUGGUGUUAAUUGAUGCUUUAUACUUCAAAGCUAAUUGGACGCAUCCUUUUGAUUCUACACAAACGAAGGUAGAAGAUUUUUACAACUCACAAGGGAAAACAAUUGGAAAAGUGAACAUGAUGUACCACAAAGCACCUCACUAUGUAGGCGACUCAGAUGAACUCAGUGCUCAAGUCCUAGAAAUGACUUACGGGAAAAACGAGGACUACUCAAUGAUAAUCAUCCUACCGUACGAUGGGAUAUCAAUCAAAACUGUGCUCAAUAACUUGGCUACUAAGUCUCAAAAUUGGAUGGAUGACUUUAGAAGCGAAGGUAGUUUACCAGGCAUUGAUACGUAUAUACCAAGAUUUAUGUUAUCAUCGCGCUUAGAUUUGAUUCCUCCUCUUAUGUACUCGGGGAUAACCUCGAUCUUUGAUAGGAAUAAAGCGAAGCUACCUGGGAUUGCUGACAAUCCAUUGUAUGUGACUUCUUCAAUCCAAAAUGUGGAGAUCGAGGUCAAUGAAGAAGGUACUGUAGCAGCUGCAGCUACAAUUGUUGGUUUGGAAGAUAGAAUAUUGGGCCAGAGAUUUGAGGCGAAUAAAGAAUUCAUAUUUUUAAUUACGCAAAGGAGUUGCAACGUGAUUUUAUUCGCUGGUGUCUAUGGAGAACCGUCCGUAGUGUGAUCUUUGAAAGUGUGAAAACUUGUGAUAAUAAUUUACAGGACUAUGUUUUUGGUGUUAAAAAUUUAAGGGAAGUAAUGGCUGUUUUUUUGUGUCUUAAUAAUCUGUUUAAAAAAAUAUUGUUCUCAAAUACUUAUAUGAAUAUGUGUUGUUAAAUCGGUAGAUUUUUGCUUUACACUAAGUGUACAGUUGUAAAGUAAUUUUUAACGUUCUGUCUACGAAUGUGAUUGAAACAUAUUUUUGUUUGUCGAAACAAAUAGGAAAAGUGUUCAAAAAUGUACUUUGAAUAUCUGACAUUCUAA